CGGCGAACACAGCGGCGAGAGGUGAUAAAUCUGGCGAAUUGUCAGCAAAACUUCCGUUAAGAGCGGCACGGCGCGAAAAUUAAUGCAAUUUAUAACAACAAACAGCUGUCAAGUGUUUUAGAAAUUAUUGCACCAAUGUUCAAAUUCAAUAAAUCAGUUGACUAAAAUGUUAGACAUUUUUGCAUUGAUUUGUAUAAGCCAUAAGUGCAACUGUUGAUAAGAUAUGUGUAUGGUUUAGCCCGGGCUUAUCAUCGGCCAGGUAGCUAACAGUUUGUGGCAGUUAACAGAUCGCAGGAGCUAACAGAACACAGGAGUCAACAGCUUUUACAAACAGGUGGAAGCGCUGCCAUUUUAAAAAAAGUGUUGCUGUUAAAAUGGCCACACCAGUAGCCGCCAUGGAUUUCGACGAUAUACUCAAGGAAAUUGGUGAAUUCGGGCGAUAUCAGAGAGUCAACUAUCUGCUCAUUUGUCUGCCCGUACUCUUUGCGGCUGCCAACAGUCUAUCGUAUGUGUUUACGGCGGGAAUACCGAAAUAUCGCUGCCGCGUCGACGAGUGCGAUGAUGUUGAACAGCCGCAAUAUCAGACGGAAUGGCUGGAUUACGCGAUGCCAGGCAAACGGGACAAACAUGGUUACUUCACACCAAACGACACCUGUCUGCGCUAUUCCACAAAUUACAGUGCAAGCAGCUUGCAACACUGGGAUCUGCAGUGGCAGCCACAGGAAUGUAAUGCCUCAAUGUUCUUGCCACAACAAUCGCAACGCUGUCAACAGUUUGUCUACGAUGUUGGAGAGCACACAAUUGUCCAGGAUUGGCAGUUGAACUGCAAGGAGAAUACCUGGAAGUUAGCCUUUGUGGGCACCACACACUUUGCCGGUCUUGUAAUCGGCACCGCAAUGUUUGGUUAUCUAGCGGAUCGUUUUGGUCGCAAGCAUAUCUUUCUCUUUUGCACUAUUUUUAUGGGCAUCACGGGCAUUGCACAGGCAUUGGCUUGGGACUAUAUAAGUUUUCUGAUCUUCGCCCUAUUGAAUGCUGUGGGCACAUCCGGCGUUUAUCCCUUGGCCUUCAUAAUAGGCGUAGAAAUGGUUGGACCCCGAAAACGUGAACUGACAUCCAUUGUGCUUAACUAUUUCUAUGCUGUGGGUGAGGCGCUUGUGGGUCUGGCUGCCUGGUUGUUGACCAACUGGAAGCACUUGCAGUACGCACUGUCCAUACCGCCACUCUUCUUUGUCGUCUACUUCUGGCUGGUGCCGGAGUCUGUCCGUUGGCUUUUGGCCCGUAAUGAGCACGAAAAAGCGGGAGCCAUCAUAAGGAGAGCGGCGCACGUUAAUCAACGCGAGCUGUCCCUGGAGCUUAUGGCCAGCUUCAAGCAGCAGCAUUUGGAUGCCACAGAAGGCAAAUUGAAGUUGCCAAUAGAGCAACAACAACGUCAGAUUUGGUCAUCCAUCAAGCAGGUUUUUGCCUCGAAAUCACUUAUCUGGCGUUAUACCACCUUGCUAUUUAUUUGGGCCGUCAAUGCCAUCGUUUUCUAUGGACUCUCACUCAACUCGACCAAUCUCAGUGGCAACAAGUAUUUAAAUUUUGCCCUGGUCUGUCUUAUUGAAAUUCCCGGCUACACUUUGGCCUGGUUGUGUCUACGCAAAUUGGGGCGUCGUCUGGCUCUCUCCGGAUCCCUGAUGCUCUGUGCAGUCACCUGUGCGGCCAGCGGAUAUAUGACAUCUGGUGCUAAUUGGUUGAUUAUCACACUCUUUUUACUGGGUAAACUGGGUAUUACCUCUUCGUUUGCUGUUAUCUAUACAUACACAGCGGAAAUGAUGCCAACAGUUAUACGUAGUGGCGGUGUUGGCGUCAUGUCCACCUUUGCUCGUUUUGGAGCCAUGCUAGCGCCCUUUGUGCCUCUCCUGGGCAGCUAUUAUGAGCCAUUGCCUCUGCUGUUAUUCGGUGGAGUAUCAAUGAUAGCUGGAUUUUUAUCCCUUCUCUUGCCGGAAACCUUUCACAAAAAGCUACCCGAUACGGUGUCUGAAGCAAUUGCUCUGGGCAACAAGUCGGAACGUAAUCCUGUAGUUGCUAACAAUUCCACAUCGACAGACAGCCAACAAACUGAAUCCAUAAUUUAAUUAUGUGAAUUUAGAACAACUUCAUCUCAUUUAGUACAAAGCACUCGUAGUAACUUAGAGACUUUUUAAUGCACGCAAAUAUUUACUUUUUUUAGUGUUUUUUUUUUUUCAAUAUAAUUUUAUGAAUUUUCAUCACAUUUUAAAAUCAAACUUAACAUUAGGUAGGUUUCAUUAAGAAUACUCUAUAUUGAUAUUUUUAUACACAUUUUAUAUACCAAAUAUAAGCAUCUACGGAUCGUAUUAAAUAAAA